AUGAUGGAUGAAGCCUUUCUUCGACGAACGCAAGCAAAAGUAUUUGUUGAUCAUCCAUCGUCAGCCAUACGGAAUAAUAUGUUAACACCAUUAGUUUGUAAAGAUUCACGUGUAUUUACACCAAAACGUCUAGAGUCCUUAGUUAAAAUCACCACAAACUUGAGUGGUACUGCAAUUAGUGCAUUCAGAUCAAAUAUAAUUAUUGAAAUGGAUGGAAAUCCAAAUAUUAAAGAUCAUCGACGUAUAUUAAUUGAUUAUGCUGAUCGUAAAUGUCUUAUUGAAAUACAAAAUGAACCAACAUUAGAAAAAGGUUUAGAAAAAGAUGAAACAUCUGUGCCACGCUUAUUAGCACGUUCUAUACAUGGUUGUUCAACGAGAAAUAUUGAUACAAUACAAACAAUUGAUUUAAAUUUUUUAAUAAAACAAAAUGCAUUUGAUGAAAAUCAAAUAUUUGAAUUAUUAACUACAACAUUUCUUGAAUGUAAUGAAUACAACAGAUCAAUGCUUGUGUUUGAUAUUGAUUCAUUAAUUAUGUUAAAUAAAUCGGAUUCCAAAAUGUCAAAAUCAAAAUCAAUUUCAAAAAUACGUGUCUAUCAAUUUAUACGUGAAAAAUAUAAGACGUCCAUUGUUGAAGAAAUGGAACCGAAUGAAAAGGUAAGUACUAACUCAUAACUUCUUGUUUACUAAGGAACUAUUCUUUUAAUCAAAAAUUAUUUUUUGUUACCGCAGUUGAAAAAUGGAUUGUCCUGAUUGUAAAAGAUCAAUGGUUGAGUAUGGUGCUUUUCACAUUUGUCUCAACGUUUGUGAUAGAAGAGGGCUCAAGACAUGACUUGGGUUGCGCUCUAAUACACAAAAAAUUGAAAUUUUUGACAUGUGUAGAAAAUGAGCGCCACGAAGACCUAUUCUGAUAACACUAUCUUAUUAACCCAGUCGAUGGUUAUUUUAAUUUUCUUUCAGAAAAACUACCAUCGGAUCUGCCAGAGGGCACAUUAAUACUUCAAUAAAGAAAACUACAAAACAACGGUUUUUGAGAAGAAAAAUCUUUUUUCGAUGGUGAAAAACACGAAAAAAAUUUGAUGAAGUCUUUCGAAAAAUUUACGGAAGCGCAUACAAAUUUAAAAAGAAGUUAGUCCUGUAGAUCGCACCAUUUUUUCGAAGGCUCAUAAUGUGACUGGAUGGAAACCAGAGUUUUCCAGAAAAUCCAAUGAAGGAAAUAACACAAGAUUCUGAACAAAAAUGCAUCGAUUUUCUUUUUCGAUGACCAAUCUCUGAUAAAAGUUUUGAAGCCGAUCGAGCUUUGGUUUCCAUGUUUUCCAAGAGGACCAAAGAAAAGGGAGAGUACCCUUAAGUAAUGUUUUCGAAUCAAAACCACGAAGUACGAUUACUUCGCAGAUAUUCUUGAGAGUAGGGAUGCACCAAUUCUAGAAAUCGUUUAAGUUUAGAAAAAGGUCCAAUUAAGGGGGAAAAUUAAGUAGUACUUAAGAGACGUCUAGGGUUCUCAUUAAGUGGGUUUCGCAAAAAGCUCUAAAACCACUCAUGUGUUAGUAAAGGCGGAGUCCGCAUAAGACGUGAAAUCGGCCCACUAACUUUAGCCCCUCCGAUCGGUACGAAACUCAUCAGAAUCACACAUCAUCAUAUUCCAUAAUCCCGCCCCUUCCAACCGCUUUCAGUCGAAUAUACCCGC